AUGCAGAGAAACAAGCUGAGCGUCACAUCUACUGCCUCCCACGGCAAUGAGCUCGUUCACGAUCAACUAAUCGUUGGUCGCAACAUCAACUACGCUUCCAAGCAGAAUCUCAACAUCUCUUUCCACCGUACCGUGCGCGUUCCAGACAAUGGCGAUAUCAACAAUCUCCCUCCAAGCCUAGGCACCUUCCCACUCUACAAGACCUCCGACUUCGACACCAUCCCUACGAAUAUCAAGGCCAAAUCCAACUUCUUCCUGCCGAUGUACCAGCGCGAAGCACUAUGGAUCAGCUUCAGCUGCAACGCGCCUUUCGCGGUCAAGAUCUACAUGGGCGGCACUAAUGCUGUGUCCGGCGGAUCACGCCGCGAGACGGAGCCGACUCUCGAGCGGCGUGCUGUGCGCAUGCAACGGGAUGAGAUUGUCCAGGACUACAUGGUCACGCCGAAUCAGUUGUGGCUGGAUGGCUUUGCAGGUGCGGAUGGGAAGGUGCGUCAGUUUGUUGCUAUGCCGCUUGGCAAGGGCUACACUGCAGAGGCUCAGAUCACAGGCGAGGAGGUUGUUGGUGGUUUGCAAAUCGAGGUUACUUCGUCGAAGCCUACCUUGAUCAACGCACUUCAGAGCCACAUGGGAUGGAUACUUGGUACAGGCGAUUCUCCGGUCAUCGUCAAACUCAUAGAUAGCCAAUUGCUUGUCUUGAUGGUAAAUAAUUCGGAUACAAUCGAUACCGUCAAGGAUCUCCUCGCCACGAAGCUGGAUCUCACCUCGGAUCAGGAUGGCCGUACCCUCGCUGAGUUCAACAUCCAAGCAUACUCGACAUUGCAUCUGGUGGGGAGGCUUCACGGCGGUGCUACGGUGCAGCUGGAGAUGGGCAUCUGGCCCGGUGGCAUGAUCAAGCAGGCCGUCGUCGAAGACGAGUACGACCCGGGCAGCUGGGACUCCGACAGCAGCAUCCUUUUCAACGUCGACAUCCUCAACUCCCAGGUCUUCAAGCACUACACCGGCAUCGAUCCGCCCACCACGCCCGUCACUGCAAAGCAGUAUGCGGCGUACGGCAUCCCGUACUACGCCAUCUACGACGAGAAGCCUAGCAGGAUCCAUGGCGACUUCGCCAAUGACAAGUCGGUCAACGACAAAGACCUUGAGGGCGCACGCACCUUAGCCAAAGCCAAAGCCAUAGCUGAGGUCAUGACCGACGUCAAGAAUCCUAUCGUCCUGCUCAACCACGUUGGUCACAACGUCGGAUUCCGCACCCGCGUCGAGAUGGAGAACGAGGUACGCGAGUGCUUCGACGUCUAG